AUGUCGUUGUUUGAAGAAACUCCUCAGCAUAUUCAAGAUACUAUUGAUCGGAGUCUACCAUUGGACCCAAGAAAAGUUGCCAAUUCUGUAGCUCUUCCAAAUAGUCAAGAGGAUGGUUUUUCAUCAGUUUAUAGAAACCAGUAUUCUCCAGAUAAGUUGAUUACAGUGCCAUAUUCUGGACUAGACACUUCGUAUGCUUUAUUUGAAAACUCUGUGAUAAAUAACGCCGAUAAAAACUGUUUAGGCCAUCGAGUCAAAAAAGAGGAUGGCACUUUUGGUCAUUAUGUUUGGCAGGACUAUAGAACAAUAAAGCAAAGAAGAAACAAUUUGGGUUCGGGUAUCUUCUUCAUCUUGACUAAUAAUCCGUAUAGAUCAAGUACUCAAGUUCAUGAAAGAUUAAACUACGAUUUAGAACCUGGUCUUGAGUCAUUUAUUUUGACCAUUUUUUCGCAUAAUCGUCCAGAGUGGGCUCUUGCAGAUUUGGCAUGUAGUGCAUACUCGAUAACAAACACUGCAUUGUAUGACACUUUGGGACCUGACACUGGUAGAUACAUCUUGAGUGUAACCGAGUCACCCAUAGUAUUAUGUUCGAAGGAAAAGAUUAAGGUGUUGCUUGAGUUGAAAGAAAAGAAUAAGGAAGAAUUGGCGAACUUGAUAGCCAUUAUUUCAAUGGAUGAUUUAACUGAGGAGGACUCAUAUUUACAAAACUUGUGUCACUCUCAGAAUAUGAUUCUUGUUGACUAUAAACAAACGGAGAAAUUGGGUGAAAUCAAUCCCUUACCUCCAAGGCCACCAACUCCGGAUACAGCUCUCACUAUAACAUUUACCUCUGGUACUACUGGUGCUAAUCCUAAAGGUGUUGUGUUACCUCAUAAAAGUGCAGCUGCAAACGUUGCAUUUAUGUACUCAAACUUGCAAAUGAGAAAAAAUGCAGUCUUUUACUCGUUUUUACCAUUGGCUCAUAUUUACGAACGUUCAAGUAUUCUGUUUGCUUUAGCUACAGGAGCAGCUGUUGGAUUCCCGCAGGGACCAUCCCCAUUGACAUUAUUGGAAGAUGUCAAACAUUUGCAACCUGACGUGUUGGCAUUGGUACCAAGAGUUUACACUAAAUUGGAAGCGGGCAUUAAAUCUCAAACUGUUAACAACGAUGAAAAGCCAAUGUUAAAAGCAUUAUUCACAAAGGCUAUAGAUAAAAAAAUGGAAUUACAAAGUCGAAAAGAAAAUGAACAUAUAAAUCCAUCGCAUAUCUUGUAUGAUAGAGUUUUGAAUUUGUUGAAGAAAAAAAUCGGACUUGGUAAUGUGACAACAUUGACCACUGGGUCAGCACCAAUCAGUCCUGAGACUAUUAAGUUUUUGAAAGCAACAUUAAAUACAGGUUUUGCUCAAGGUUAUGGUAUGAGUGAAACAUUUGCUGGCUGUAUGAUUAGUUCGCAAUUUGAAGUAGAAUCAGGUUCGUGUGGUCCAGUUUCAGUAACCACCGAAUGUAGAUUAAGAGAUUUGCCAGAAAUGGGAUAUACGUCAAAGGAUGAAGGUGGUCCAAGAGGUGAGCUAUUAUUACGUGGCCCACAAGUUUUCACAGGAUAUUACAAGAACCCAGAAGAAACAGCCAAAUCAUUUGAUAAAGAUGGCUGGUUUUAUACUGGUGAUGUUGCACAUAUCAACCCAGCAAAUGGUAAUCGUAUUUAUAUCAUUGAUCGUGUUAAGAAUUUCUUUAAGUUAGCGCAAGGAGAAUAUGUUACACCCGAAAGGAUUGAAAAUACCUACCUAUCGCAGUUUCCCUAUAUUACCCAAUUGUUUGUUCAUGGUGAUUCAAUACAAACAUUUUUAGUUGGCGUUGUUGGAUUAGAUCCAGUGUCCAUUUCCCAAUACGUCAAAUCCAAAUACCAUGAAACAAUAACGGAACCUGAAGAUAUAGUUUGUUUCCUUAACGCUCCAAGACAUAAACGACAAUUGUUAUUGGACAUGAAUGCUUCUGUCUCUGGCCAAUUAGCAGGAUUUGAAAAAUUACACAAUAUCAAACUUGAUAUUGAGCCUUUAAGUGUGCAAAAGAACUUGAUCACUCCAACUAUGAAGAUCAAAAGACCUAUUUGUGCUCAAUAUUUUAGAAGUGAUUUGGAUAAAUUAUAUCAAGAGGGUUCGAUUAUUAAAAAUGAGAAAUUUUAG